AAAAAUAAAAAAAAACCGAAGUUUUUCAUUUAACGGGUACUAUUACAAGAUCACAGAGAUUACCAAAAAUAACGAUCAAUCAUCAAAGAACAGAAAAUACAACUUUUCCAUACAAAUUUCUUCAUCUUCAUUUUCCAGAUCUUUCAAAGAUGAAUUCCAAUUAUGGCAAACCAAACCCUCCAAAACAAUCCUCUGCUUCCCUCAACAACUUCAAUUUCGAUCUUGAUCUUGGAAUCGGAUCCAAUCGAUCCAAAUCCCUAAAAGAUCAGAAAACCCCAAAUCCUCCUUCAAAUUCCUAUUCAACUCCUUCAUAUUCAUCAGCACAACCCAAAAAAUGGACCCACCAACCCGUUCAAACUCCGGCGGGGUUACCCGGUGCACCACCGUCGAUGGUCGGUGAUAUCUUCGGGAAAAGUUGGGGAUCAACUCAACCUUCGGGUCCUAGCAUUGGUAUCGUUAAUAAAAACCCUAAUUUGUUUGGGGAUUUGGUUACCUCUGCAUUGGGUCAAGGUUCUUCAAAUAAUAGCAACGUUCCUCUGAAAAAUGCAAUUCCCACACCUAAAAAUUCAUCUUUUUCAAUGUCAAACAUGUCCAAUUCUUUGCCUAAACCUGUUAACACGCUGCAAAGUGGUUCUUCUUUGGGAUCAUCUUCUGGAAGUGGUUUUAAUUUGAAUGCCAAUAGAAGUCCCAAUAUUGGAGGUCCUUCAAUUCGAAGCGGUGUUGGUGUUGCUGCAUCUGGUAGUGGAAUUGGAAUUAGUUCUAGUAAUAAAGAUCCUUUUAGUUCAUUGGCUGGUUUUGGAUCUAAGCCAUCUUCUAGUCUUAAUUCAGCUGCUAAACCUUCAAAGAUUGAUUCACAAGAUGAUGGUUUUGGUGAUUUUCAGAAUGCUACAAAACCAAGCACCAAUGCAUUUCCAUCAAGUGGUGGUAGUGUUGGAAUUGAUGUUGAUUUUACUGGAUCUUCGGCUUUUUCGAAUCCAACACCAGUUCAAGCUUCUGGGGGUGAUCCAAUGGAUAUGUUUUUCACAUCUACCACUCCAUCAUCUGGAGGUGGUGGUGGUGGAGGUGCGGCGGCAUCUUCUGAAAUUGAUGAUUGGGGUAAUGAGUUUGGAGGAGGAAACCAUGACGUGGGUGGAACAACCACUGAGCUUGAUGGGCUUCCACCUCCUCCUGCUGGGAUAUCAGGUUCUUCUGCUAAAGGCAAAGGGAUGGAUAAUUACAAACAGGGACAAUUUGCUGAUGCUAUUAAAUGGCUUUCAUGGGCUCUUAUUCUUCUAGAGAAAGCUGGGGAUGGUGCUGGUACGGUGGAGGUUUUGUCGUGCAGAGCUUCUUGUUAUAAAGAAGUUGGAGAGUAUAAAAAAGCGGUGGCAGAUUGUACCAAGGUUAUUGGAAACGAUGAAAAAAAUGUAUCUGUCCUUGUCCAGCGUGCUCUCUUGUAUGAGAGUAUGGAAAAGUACAAACUUGGUGCUGAAGACCUGAGAACUGUGCUGAAGUUUGAUCCUACCAAUCGGGUUGCUAGAAGUACUGUUCACCGGUUGGCUAAGAUGGCUGAAUAGGAAAAAAAUUCUAUCCUUUUUCUUUUCAUUAUUACGAUAUAUACCGGGUGAUAUAAUAUGUACGGACUGCCUGUGAUUGCUGUCACCCUUCAUAUGAUUUUCGAUGUAUGGCUUUUUCUUAUUCUGCCUUAUGUCUUGAAAUUAAUAUUCUUGCUUCCUUGCCCAGAUUUGAACUCAAUAUUGAUUGCCUUAUUCUUUUCCUGACCA